ACAAAAGAUUUCGUCAUUGUUUUUCAAGGCGCUCAAGCUGUCCGUAUGUUUGUUUCUCUCAGAGAGUUACUUUAUCUUCCGUUCACGUAUUAACACAUCUUUCUACAUUGUGGGAGCGUAAUAUAAUAAAAAACAACAUUUAAACAACAAUGUCAACGCAGAAGCUUGUAACACAAGAGGAUGGUCUUCACGACUCAUGGGUAGAGCUUCAUUUUGAUUCAAGCAGCGAGCAUAGUGAAGGCACACCAACCCUGUGUGAUAUCACAGACCUGGAAAAAAUGCUCCUGGAAGCCCAACGUGAGUCCAGCAGCAGUUCACGGACAAGCUCCCACUGUAGCAGUCCUCGACGAAUCCAGACACCUCCACUUGUCCAGACACCUCCACUUGUCCAGGUGUCUCCAGUCAUUAGUCCAGCCUCCUUCAACACACACACAAAUGUACAGGAAGAAGUCGUAACCGAGAACAAACAGGAAGCCGAGCUUGUCAUGAGGAUCUGCGACUGGUCCAGCCGUCCAGAGAAUGUACCACACGCAGCAUUUAUUAUUAAACGGCCAAAGAGGAACCAAGUGAGCAAAAGAAACACAGCUAAACCUGAUGAGGAAAUGAACACACAUUUGCUGAAGCUAUUGCUGCCCUCCCUAGUCAUUACACACAUCUUAAUGCUUGGAUUGGGGAUCUGUAUUGGACGGCGUCUCCUUACUCAGUGUUCUGCUAUCUAAGUCAUCAUAGCAAACAAAUGUGUGUAUCCUGUCUCAGGGUCUCUCUGGCACAGGCCCAAGAAAGCACCUGAAAGCAUCUAUUUCCUGGCAUUUGUUCUUCUGGGAAAAUUCAGGUCUUUGUAAGUGGACACUGUGAAAACACGAAACUCUCAGCAAUAACUUUUUCGGUUUCUAGCAGGGAGAUUUUUUUGCCACAGAAUUUAUAUUGUGUAGAUAUGUAACUUCUACAUGGAGAAUGACUUAUAAUUUUCAGCUUUUGAUUUGAGUAAAAAGUGUUAAAAUAAAUAAAUAUAGUGUUAAGGUCACGGUGUAGUUUUUCUUUUAGCUGACCUGCUUUUGUUUUAUAACAGUCCAAGUAAAUAAAUACACAUAUUCCUUAUUCUAAAUCAUGAUAUGCAAUGGAAAAUGCUCCAUAUUUCUGAAAAGAAUAAACUUGUGCUAACCAAAUAUAUAAAUGUUGUGGAAAUAAGUGAUGUUUGUUCUUGACGUUGUUCUUGAUGUUUGUUAUUGACCUCAAAUCUGCAUCUGUUGAUUAGUGUUUGAGGAAUUUUGAUUAUUCAAACAUUGCAAAUAGACAUGUGGGCUGCUGCUGUCAAUAUUCAACAUUUUCCAAUGGCUGUAAAAAUGCUUUAAGACCAGCAGGUGGCAGAAAAAUCCAACUUCUUUAUCUCCGAUCAAGCUUUUUAAAAUUGAGUAAAAUGUUUUUAAAUAAAUUAAAGAGGUAGUAUUUCUACCACUCAAAUACCACACUUUGUCAUUUGCUUAAAAAGUGCCAUGCUGUAUUUGUGUUGGGUUGAAGAAGGAACAAAAACUGAGAUUAUAACUCAUGAUCUGACAUUUUGAGCAACAAUUGACUUCAUUAUAUUCUUUCUAAUGUGUGAAUAUGUCUGCGUUUUACACAUAAAAUUGUUGACUGUUCAGCAUAAAAUGUGAUAUCCAGAUGUUUCAUUUUCUUAUUAUUGUCACAUUCACCUA